AUUGAAUAAUAAUUUCUUCUUAAUUACUAUGGCCAUUGACGUAUAAAAUUGCUAUUGAUGGUGUAGUUUUUCUGUCAUAUGGCGCGCGGUAGUGAUAAAAGGCGCGUCGUUGGCCUAAAUUUAUCAUUUGAAAAUUGAGAGUCGUCAGUCGACAAAUAAAGAAGAUGCUCCGUUUUUUGUUGUUGCUAUUUUUCAUCGUCGCCCCCGCUCUGGCCGAUGACCCUAAGAUAACCAAAGAUUCAUCCAAAAUUAAAGAUCAGUCCCUUGGAAGGUGUCCGGGAAACUCGGCAAAUUUGACGUUGCUGUCCAAUGGCAAAAAGUACUCGUUCCACAAAACCAAAGUUAACUGGACGUCAGCAAAUGAGACUUGCAAUAAAAUGGGCCUACAAUUAGCCAAAAUCAUGGAUCAAAAUGACGAACGGGUGGUUGCGGCAGGGGCAAAAAAAUUCGCCGAAUGGAAAGUUUGGUGGGUUUCGAAAAAGGAAUCUCAAGUCGGAGGUGAAAAUUCUGAUAAAUGCGUUUUCAUCUUUCAUUAUGACCCGCAAAAGUUGACCAGCCAAUGGUCAUGCACCAGUGAAUUCUAUUUUAUUUGUCAACUUCCAAGAGAAUGCAACUGACAAUGAGCUAGCUUUGAAUCUAUUUGAUUUUUCAAUAAAUGUGGCGAUAAAUUAAUUUGACAUUAAUUGAAUGUUUUUCAGUUUAGUAAAUACAAUAAAUAUGUCAACGCCGCUUGUUUAGGAAUAAAUUGCUCUUUAUUAAUUAAUUCACUCAAACUUAUUUUCACAGAAACAUGAGUGCAAAUGAUGGCAAAUUUUCAAAUUCAUUCUUGCGACAUAAGAAACCAUUAGAAGCUGAUAUAUUAAUUACAACAAUUUAAGACUUUUCAGCAAGUAUUUUAUUCAGUGAAAGUAAUUUUUUUAAGAUUCACUUUUGAACUUAUUUUCUCAGAAAUGAGAGGAAUCAUUUGAAAAUAUUGCCAAUCUUUUGAAAUCAUAAUUCUAAGAAAAUAGGUUAAAACGC